GGCCCAUGAACCCGGCCGGUGUCUGCACUUUGCAAGCCGUGGUCUCGAGCCCCGUCCUGGAUGCCUUGCCCUCUGAUCACCGCCGAGCCGUCUCCGAUCUCCACUAAUCAAUGCCACCGGCUCCGCCUCGUACACCUCCCUCCUCCCCUGAUCAAAACCGCCCGGCGCCACCGCCGUCCACUCCGCUUUUCUCUUCCCACCGCCUGCUUCGGCAGUCGUCACUCCCCCGUCCCAGCAGUACCGGCUGCUUAUUCACCUGUCCGACACUCCGACCUGCGCCACGCCACCCUGCCGUUUGAGGUUUGACCUUGAGCCCCUGCCUGCUCCGUGCUCCCACUAGUCCCACACCCCCUUUCCCUUUUCCCCGCCAUUAACCUGACGCUUCACCAGGCGCAGCUGCGGCCGCAGUCGAGAGGACGGCGGCGAAUCCCUCCCGCAUCGGGCUCGGCCCUGGGCCGCACUCGGAAGAAGGAAAAAAAAAACCCAUUCCCUCGAAUCCCUUCCCUGCUUCUGCUCGCCUGAAAAAAGCUCUCGUUUUGCAGGCCCGUGCCCGCCAUUACGCGCCCCCGAUUCAAUGCCGUCUUGAGCUCGUCUCGUCGCACAUAACAGUAUCACGUCCUCCCCGCCCCGCUGCUUGCUCCCUCUCGUGCUCCUCCCACGCACGGCACGCAGCACGCUCUCAUCCUCCUCCUCACGCCUCCCGCCCCACCCUCACAGGCCGGAAAGCUCCAACCGAGAGGCCUCUGUUUGUAUGUAGGACACCCAGAGCGCGUCAAGAAAAUAUACGAGAGGGAAGGUUGGGAGCAGUUCCCCUGUGUCCCGUCCCCUCAUGUGCCUAUACCUGCCUGCCGAUUCUAUCUUGGCCGACCACUCCCUUGUCGUCCCAAUUCAAUUCUGAUUGCCGGCGCGCGAGUGGUGUGGUGUGUCGUCUUCGUGCGCGUGGGAAUGCAGGUUUUGGAGGCACCAGCCCACUAAUCGCGACGCUCCACGGGACUUGCAGCUCGAGUUUCUUUCGAAGAGGAGCGUGAAACUGACGGGAGCUGGGCGUGGGCGAGAAUGGAGAGCCGAGGACGGCGGCUGCGGAGCCCCGAGCGCCAGAGGCCGGCGUCGCGGAAGGUGCCGGUGGUGUACUACCUCACCCGGAGCCGCCACCUCGAGCACCCGCACUUCGUCGAGGUGCCGCUGGCCUCGCCGGAGCGGCUCUAUCUCAGAGAUGUCAUCAACCACCUCAACGUGGUGCGCGGCAAGGGCAUGGCGGCGAUGUACUCGUGGUCCUGCAAGAGGAGCUACAAGAACGGGUUCGUGUGGCACGACCUCGCGGAGGAUGACCUCGUCGUCCCGGCAACCGACGGCGAGUACGUGCUCAAGGGCUCCGAGCUCGUCGACCAGUCCUCUUCAGGUCCGUUUUACCCUGUCACUGUCAGUAACGGCAGCCAGAAGCAACAGAGCAGGCCGAAAGAGGGCGCACGGCAGGCAUUGCCAAGAGACCAUUCCCACCCGUCCUGCCCUCCCAGUAGCGUGACAGUUAGAGAAGCCAAGGCCCGGCGGUCACCUUGUGUGCCUCCACAAGACGAGGACGACGACACCACCUCUCCGCGCCGGGAUCGCUCCUUGGAGACCAUGCCGCAGCAGGAGCUGGAGCCCCAGCAGAGGAACGAGAGGGCUCAGCCGCCAGCCAGCGGGUCUGCGAGCCCAGUGGAGUUCAGAGUUCACAAGCAGCACGCCGGUUGCAUGGACGCUGCGACUCAAACCGAUGAUCUUGGUCGCAGAACACCCGAGCUGCGCAAGAAGAGUCUGAGGAGCACAGACCAUGACGCCGUCGUUCGUGAAGUCACAGAGUGCUGGCAGAGGCAGAGCCAUCCUUGCAGGUCAGCAGACCUCCCAGGGGUGUCCAGGGAAGAACUCCUGCACCAGUCUACUACUCCACCGAGCACACCGUCGACCCGUGGCAAGUCCGCGAGCUUAGAGUCGCUGAUACGAGCGGACAACGCGACGAGCAGCUUCAGGAUCCUUGAGGAGGAGGAGGAAGAGGAGGAGGAGGAGGAGGAGGAGGAGGAGGAGGAUAUCGUCGUGCUCAGUGCCUGCCCGAAGCUGAAGCCGGCGAACGUGCUGGUGCAGCUCAUCAGUUGCGGCUCGCUUUCGGUGAAAGGCCACGAAGACGCCGCCGGACCUGUUCGGGCAUACAAGCCUAGGCUCCCAAGCAUGAAGCUCCCCUCCCCGUUUGUUUCUCGCGCCAUGGCGAUGGGCGAGCUUGACUACCUGUCAGAGAACCCCAGCAGGUUGGUGGGAGUGAGGAUGGAGGAGAAGGAAUACUUCAGUGGGAGCCUUGUUGAGACGAAGACGCAACGAGAUGGUACGGCUGAGAGGUACUCGGCGCUCAAACGGUCUUCUUCCUACAAUGCAGAAAGAGAAAGGGAGAGGUAAAAGACUUGUCGCUCCAAUAUAUUAGAAGGAGUAGAACUAACAGGAAAUUACAAGAAACCAAAACGACUUACAAGACUAGAAGCAAACUCCUGAACAAUUCAGUUCUAAUUAUCAAAACGGCCCGUAAGAGUAUUCUAAGACUGAGGCCAUGGCUGGCUGGUCACGGCAAACUGGAUGAGUUAAAAGAUGUCACCGGCGAAAAUACACAUCGGAGGGUGGAUUUCUCUGUCGCCUCGCUGCAGUCACCCAUCCACUUCUGAAGUUCAUUCAGUCAUCCUCACAGCACGAGCCGCGCUUGUCAGAUGUACAGGACAGGACAGGAGCACGUUGCUGGCUGCCAGGCAAGAUUCUCCUGUUGCUCUACCGAGACACAGAAGCGACCCCUGUUGGUUCAUCCUCAUGAACAGUCAGCUGUAUCCAUUCCAUCCAAGCUGUCAUUCUGUUUCUACUGGCGGGACCAUUUAAAAAAAACACUGCCUGCCUGCUAAAAAAAGGCAGCGGGUUCCGUUCCACUCACCUGCUGCAUUGCUACUGGAUCAUGGUUUUGCACUUUUGCUUGUUAUGGAACUUAAUAAACGUGAUCUAAUCUGCAGGGCCAGCGACGCUCUGGAUUGCACAAGACGUGAAGAGGGUGAAACAGACGACAGAUCGUCGUCGCGCGCGAGGUGCCUCCCGCGGACGCCGAUGAUCCUGGCAUCCUUCCUGCACCCGAGGGGCGACCCGCUCAAGUCUCCCGUAUCGGACUGCCGCCGGAACUCCUCGGCCCGCCGGCAGGACUGCGACGCGGCCUCCGGCGACGGCGGGAGCAGGAGGUUCGCCGCCGACGCCUCUGUCGUCGCGUCCGCGGUGGCUGCAGGGACGGAGGAAUC